UCUCGCCCGAUUUAUUCAUCAUUUUUCUCCAUUUUUCAAUCAACCAAGAAGUGUGUCGUAGUUUCAGCAUAGUGCGAAAGAAAAGAAUAUUUUUAGCAAUAAAUUUAGAAACUCAUCUUUUGAAACUUUCUGCAUUUGAUAGUUCGUCAGAGUUAAAAUUGCUGAGCGCUAGCGCUACGCAGUGACAGAAGUAAACAGCAAGGCAACUGAACAUCAGUCGUAAGUACAGGGCUGGAACAUUGUUUGGAUUCGGAAAGCAAUUCGUAUAAUCAAUCAUCAGCAAAUAACGGAUUUUUCAAAAAUAAGUUGUGCAAAAUGGCAUACCAACAGUACGCUCAAUACUGUAAUGCGUAUUACCAGCAGUUGCAAUUCAAUUCUGGGGGGUCAAUUCCGACGAAUGUGCCGCCACCGCCAAUUACGGGCGGUGGUUCUCCCGGAGGUGGAGCCCCGCCGAAUUUUGCCAAUGCUUCAAUGUCAUCAGCCGGAGGAGAGAAUCAAUCGGGUGGAACCGGUUCUGAUGGAUCAUCCUCGCCGUCGUCAGGUAGUUUAUUGAACAAGUCAUCAUUUUUUAGCUCCCCGCAACAGCAGGAAGGAAACAUGCAAGGAUUCAAACAAGCACCGAGUCAGUUCGGUCCGAUUCGAUUCAACAUCAACAAGCAACCGCAGCGGGUCAGUCCGUUGGUUCAAAGCAAUCCGCUGACAAAUGGGUCUCCGCAGCUUCCUCCGCCGCCCCAACAGCAGCAGCAGCAGCAGCAGCAGCAACAAUUCAACCAGAAUAACAUGCAGAUGAGCAAGCGUAAAAAGAAAAAGAACAAAAAUAACAUGAACAAUAACAUGGGAAAUCAGCAGCAGAACAAGCAAAUGUUCAAUAAUGGAGCCGUUCCGCCACCGAUGAUGCCUCCGAGUGGUCCAAGUUUUCCUCCACCAGUGCAGGUGCCGGAUUUAAGUAAGCCUCCGCCGCCAUUCCCCGGUCAUCAGUCUAACAUCGGAGGAACCAUCAGCACAACUGUUCCGCCCCCACCGGUAGUGAAGAAACCGGAUCCCUUCAACAAUCCCACAGACGCUUGGCCGGAAAGCUUAAACAACUUUGUCGCACGUUGUUACGCCAAAUGCAAGACAGAUUUCGAUAAGGAUCAAAUCGAUAUUUGCCUUAAAGGGCGUAUCACAGCUGCUGCGAACAAAGGUGAACUUUGGACAAAAGAUUGGGAUAAUGAACCGGUUCCGAGUGUCCACAGCGAACGUGCUCUGCUGACGCCAAACAAUAACAAGCUCAAACAGUCGCCGGGAAUAGUCGGAAGCAUCAGUCAAUAUCAGAAUCAGAAUGGCCGGAGCAAUAGUCCCAUAAAUGGAUUCGGUCGAAACAGUCAAAACUUCUCCUCCCGAAAGAAUGGCAGUGCGGUAGGGGUUUCCCAUUCUCUUGGCUCUCGACUGGGGAACAAGUCCGGUUCGAAAAAGUCUCGAUCGUCUCGCUCGCGGUCUCGAUCCCCCUCCAGUCGUUACAGCAGCAACCGUACCCGUCACAGUCGCUCUUCCAGCUCUGAUUCUCGAUCUCCACGCCGAAAGCGCCGCUCGUCCGACAGUAGCGAAGAUAGUCGCAAUUCGUCUGGAAAGUCUUUCAAGCUCAAAAAUCAAAAACUCGGUCAGAAAAAUAAUAAAUCAAAUACCAAUGGCAAGAACCAAACCCAGAAACGAUCCGGGUUCUAUUCGGAGCAUGGUCAGAUCGGUGGCGCGGUGGAUGGUGAUCAGGAAGCGCUGAAGAAGCGUGCCGCCCGGUUUAACAAUUCUCACGUCAAAAAAGUCUCGCCUCCCAGCUUCGCUUCGUCUUCGUCGUCGUUGGUAAAGAAACGUCUCCAGAUGCCGACGCCGUCCCGCUUAUUCAUCGAUGAUGCCGUCGGAGACGGAGACGGUGGAUUGGAUCUGUUCGACCUGCACAUCGUGGGAACGUGCCGGGAUUUGGAGAAGAGUUUUCUGCGUCUCACGAAGGCCCCAGCCCCGUCCGAGGUACGCCCGGUUGAAGUUUUACGCUACUCGCUGCAGAACGUCAAGAAUAAGUGGGUCGAGAAGCAGGAUUACUAUUAUGCCUGUGACCAGCUGAAGUCCAUCCGACAGGAUUUGACGGUUCAAGGCAUCCGGGACGCGUUCACUGUGCAGGUCUACGAAACACACGCCCGUAUAGCGAUGGAAAAAGGUGACCACGAGGAGUUUAAUCAGUGCCAGACGCAGCUCAAGAUGCUUUAUUCCGAAGUGGGAGGCGAGAAUAUAUUAGAAUUUACGGCAUACCGUAUCCUGUAUUAUAUUUUCACCAAGAACACGCUCGAUCUGACCACCAUCCUCAAAGCGCUCACUCCGACCGAACGGGAACAGGAAGUGAUUAUCUUUGCCCUCAAGCUGCGAUCGGCUUGGGCUCUCGGAAACUACAGUCGGUUCUUUAAUUUGUACCGGGCGGCUCCACUGAUGGCUGGUUAUCUGAUUGAUUGGUUUAUCGAGCGUGAGCGUAAAAUCGCCUUGAAGAACAUAAUCAAAGCUUAUCGUCCCAAUUGCCCGGUGGACUAUGUCAGUCAAGCAUUGGCCUUUGAGAGUGUGGACAAAUGUCUCGACUGGUUAUCGGCGUUCGAAUUGACCUUUAUUACCAAGCAAGGCGCGACGGAGGAAAACCAAGCUGGUGCUGCUGCUGCAUCUUCGACGACGACAAAAUUCAUCGACUGCAAGACCAGUAUGAAUGUGUUGGCAAACUUCUAAGCUAGUCUCCUCGUGGUUUGACCAAAGAUUUCACCAUCAAAAUAACCUCCUCGUUUCGUGAUCCAAUGGGCGUAAAGUACUGUCGCUAUUGUACUUUACUUGGUUGUCUACUCUUGCCCUCCUACUGAUUAUCGUUACCCAGAUCAGUUAGCAUCAUUUUCCAUCCCAGAUUUCUUCACGAAGAAUGUUCCUCUUGGUCGAUGGAGAAUAAUGACCGAGCCAACCGAGAUAGCAAAUGGGAUUCGUUUUAGAAUUCCGUCAGCGAGGAGGACUAGCUACGCCCAAAUUGCCAAAUGGAAGGAGGUUGAGGAGACAGCGAGGAAUGAAGAAUGGAUCCAGUCAUUUUCCGUGGAACAGAAUGGAAGAAGAAUUGUGUUGUGUUGCGUGAUUGUUAUCUUAAUGAACUGUCGAUUUGUAAUGAAACGGAAUGGACAUUGUUUCCGGGGUGGCGACCGAAAUGUGUCUGUGUCUGCUAAGCCUUGUGGGGAUCAUCAGUAAAGGACCCGACUAUUUGGACGUGGAGGAACCGUGGAUGGACCAUACGCUCGAGGAUUGGAGACAGAUCAAGAGCUGCUGAAGAUCGUUCGGCACGGGAUUCUAAAUCCCACACUAAUCUGCCAAAACAGUUAAUUCUGGUUGUUCACCUGUCUGGAAGAUGUCUGGCUAUUGACACUGAACAAGAAUAACACCAAAUGGAGGCCAAGCAAAGUAUGCCGCUGUCAAGUAACUUCAACAUUGUUAACUCGAAUCAAUUUGAGGUAACAGUUGAUGAAACCAAUCUUGGGACAGGCUGACGGAUUGGAUGCUGCUGCUGUACCAUACAAAAGCACUUGGACGGAUGCGAAUUGGAUUGGAGAUCCCACCACAGGGCUAGCGACUCGACAUCGACUGAUUCAUUGAUAAGAAACGCGACGCGUGUGUUGUAGAAGAACAGCUGGGUUUGACAUUUGAAUGAACAAAAUGAAUAGGAACUUUCAAAAAUGGCAUUGCACUUCUGUAGAAUUAUUUUGCGAAGGUGCUGUGCAUAUGUAUAUAAUGGUUUUGGUUGGUAACUGCUUACUGCCAACACUAUCAUAGUGUAGAGAAAAACUUUAGUUCAGAAGAACCCAUCUGAAUAUAGUGCACAGGUGUAAAUAUUAGAAUGGAAACAAAAACUUUACUAAGAACCUUUUUUGAAGUGAUAUGGGGAUAGAAUUCUAUUGGAAUGGUCCAAUUCAUCAAUUUGGUGCGCCUGGAUGGGAUCCAGUGAAAAAUCGUGGGAAAAGGACUCUUCUACCCAGAAUUUUGCAGGUCGAGCUGAAAGCGCACACCCUCAAUUACCAGAGCAUACAAACGAUCAACGCCUGAUCGAUGCCGGAAUGGUGCGGUGCGUAAUACUGAAAGAAACGGGUAACUCUCCUGAACAGUUCCAAUCCAUAAUCCAUCCGCAAGCAGCAUAAUCCUUUUCCCUACAAAUCCCAUCUCAGGAACUCUAUUCGAUCCCGUCUCAAGCCAAUCCUAUCCUACGAUUAUUCCCAAUGUCCCUCAAGUGGAAGAAAUCACACUCUUUCCCAUCAACGGAGCAGAACGACUGACGUCUGAAGUAGAACAAUGAGCAAACAUGGCUGGAAGAGAAUGAACACGUGUGCGGGUUAAAUUUCAAUUCAAUUUGCUUUGGUUUAGUUUUUGUUAUUUUCGUUACCGUUUUUUCUUCGUUAACUAAUUUUACUUGCUAAUGAAAUACAAUAAUUCCUAAUGAAAGAACUAGCAUUACCAAUUGUUGGGUAGAGGCAAAACCUAUCGUCCUUUCCAUCGUCGCUACGGAUGGUUAUUUCAGUCCCUUACAAGCUCUAAUGUAUUGGAACGCUCGAUCCUGGUGAUACUCAAUAAAUAUUCGUGAUUAUUUCAAA